UGUGAGCUGAGCUGCUCGCAAAGGAGUCGGAGCACUCCGGGGCUUCCAGAUUCCUUCAGCCCAGGAUUGCUGGCCCACACCGCUCUUUUUCGGACGCUACUAAAAAAUGCUGGGAGCCGCUGAGGACUGUGGAUGGCUUUUUUGGAGAGUGAUGGCCUGCGGGAGACGGAGCGGAGACAGAAAGAGGCAAGUGAUGUUGUUUAUUCUUUGUGUUUGCGUGUGUCAGAGCGGGGCUGAAACCCUGCGCUACUCCCUGCCGGAGGAAAUGGAGAGGGACUCCUUUGUCGCCAAUAUCGCCAAGGACCUGGGGGUUCCUCUGAGCCAGCUUGCGGCUCGCAAAGCCCGGGUUGUGUCCGAGGGGAACGAGCAGCUUUUCCGACUCAAUCAAAACACCGGAGUCCUGACGGCAAAGGAAUCGCUGGACCGAGAGGAGAUCUGUCCGCAGAGCGAUACCUGCACACUCUUCUUUAAGAUAUUCUUUGAAAAUCCUUUGCAGCUUAUCCGAGGGGAGGUGGAAGUUCGUGACAUAAAUGACAACUCGCCCGUGUUCCCGGAGAAGGAGAUGGUUUUAAAAAUUCUGGAAACAGCAUCUCCUGGCUCCCGUUUCCCCCUGGAAAGCGCCCAGGACAAGGACGUGGGCAUUAACGGUUUGCAGAACUACAGCCUUGCGCCCAAUCCUCAUUUCUCCCUCGCUAUCGGAACGGCGAAAGAUGGAGUAAAAUACCUGGAACUUGUCCUACAGCACCAGCUCGAUCGUGAAGAGCAGGGAGAGCUGAAUUUACUUCUGACCGCCACGGACGGGGGGUCACCACCCAGGUCGGGCACGGCUCAGGUCCGGAUCGUGGUGCUGGAUGCCAAUGACAACAUCCCGGUCUUCGAAAGAGAGACCUACGAGGUGCGCCUGGCUGAGAACAGCCCCCUGGAGCAGCUGGUGGUCAGAGUCGCUGCCGCGGAUCCCGACGAAGGGUCCAACGGGAAAGUGCGCUAUGCUUUCACACAGACAUCGGAGCGAUCCCGGCAGCUCUUCCAGCUGAACCCGAUCACCGGUGAAAUACGAGUCGCGGGCAAGCUGGAUUUUGAGGAAGCAAAAUCCCACAAGAUGGUGGUGAAAGCCACGGACGGCGGAGAGCUGUCUGGGCAUUGCAAAGUGCAGGUGGAGGUCCUGGACGUGAAUGACAACGCCCCGGAGAUAGCGCUCACCUCCCUCAGCGCCUCCAUUCCCGAGGACGCCCCGCCACGCACCGUGGUGGCUCUGUUCAGUGUGCGGGACCGGGACUCCGGGGACAACGGCAGGACGGAGUGUUCCAUCGACGGGGACUUGCCGUUCAGUCUCAGCCCCACUUUUGAUAAUUACUACGAACUGAGAACAAACGCGGCUCUGGACAGGGAGAGGACGGCGGAGUACAACAUCACCAUCACAGCCACGGACUGGGGCAGGAAGCGGCUGAGCUCUCAGGAAAGCAUCUUCGUGCAGAUAUCCGAUGUGAACGAUAACCCCCCAGAGUUCACCCAGGAGGUUUACACCAUGUCUGUCACGGAGAACAACAGCCCCAUGCUCCGCAUCGGCAGCAUGAAAGCCACGGACGCCGACGCAGGAAUAAAUGCCCGUGUGAAUUACGCACUGGUGCAGCAGGAGGGCAAAGAGCAGCCCGAAGUGUCGGUCAACGCUGAAAACGGGGAUGUUUAUAUCCUCCGCCCACUGGACUACGAGAAGGUGCGCGCCUUCGAGGUGACAGUGCGCGCAGCCGACGGCGGCUCCCCGCCGCUCAGCGCCCAGGCCGUGCUGCACAUCGUCGUGCGCGACGAGAACGACAACGCGCCCGUGCUGCUGCACCCGGGCCCCGAGAGCAGCGCGGCCGGAGAGCUGGUGCCGCGCUGGGCACCCUCCGGCUACCUGGUGGCCAAGGUGGUGGCGGUGGACGCGGACGCGGGGCAGAACGCGUGGCUGUCCUACGAGCUGGCCAAGGCCACGGAGCCGGGGCUGUUCCGCGUGGGGCUGCACAGCGGCGAGGUGCGCACGGCGCGGGCCGUGACAGAGAGGGACGCGGCCCGGCAGAGGCUCAUCGUGCUGGUGCGGCACCGCGGGCGGCCGCCGCGCUCUGCCACCGCUACCCUCGCCGUGGCACUGGUGGACGGCUUCUCCGAAGCCCAUUUACGGGUGAGCGAGGAGGCGCCGGCCGCCGAGCCCGACGGGCCGCUUACUCUUUACCUCAUCGCCUCCCUGGUCUGCGUGUCGGCGCUGUUCCUCGCCACCGCGGUGGCCGCCGUGGUAGUGAAGGUGCGGCGGGCCAGGCGGAGCGAGGCGGAGACUUUGCCCACGUUCCCGACGACAGCCACGGAGAGCAGCGCGGGCUCCCUGCCCCGCAGCUACGUGUACGACCUCUGCUUCGCCGCCGGCACCGUCAACAGCGAGUUCCGUUUCCUCAGGCCGCUCUUCCCCUGCUUCCCCGCCGGGCUGCCCCCCGGGCCCGGCCAGCAGCGGAGCUCGGUGUGCUCGCGGGAUGCGGCCAGCCUCGGGGGCGAGGGCGACUGGACUGCACAGGGCAGUGCUCCCCUCUCUGAAGAUACGGGGCCCAGAGCUGCAGGUGCAGUUUGCCCUGCAAACAGGGAGCUGGAGCUAAAUUCCAGGCUCUGCUGUGGGAAAUCUUCGAGUCCUUCUGCAGAUCGGCCGCCUGGUGCCGCUGCUGACCGCGGAAGCUCCGCGCAGCUCCAGAGUUCCGCCACCGCCGCGACUGGGGCGGGCGGGGCUGCACCAUCUCGGGCUGCUCCGCUCGGGGGUCGGCAGGCUGUACCGGCAGCUCCAUCCCGCUUACAGGAGAGCAGAUCGGGUCUCUGGAAGGGAAUGAAGCCGAGGAAGAGCGAGGAACCGCUCCCGGUGCGAGCGGUGGCUCUGAUCCUUGUCCUCUGCGUCUCGGGGGUGAGAGCAGAAACCGCUCGGUACUCUGUGCCCGAAGAGGCGGAGAGAGGCUCUUUUGUGGCGAAUAUCGCUAAGGAUUUGGGACUAACCGGUGAGGAAUUAUUGGCUCGUCAGGCUCGAGUCGUACCUGAAGGAGAAAAGCAGUAUUUGCAGCUGAACCAGCACACCGGGGAUUUGGUGGUGAGAGAGCAAAUGGACCGGGAAGAGCUGUGUGGACAGAGCGAGCCCUGCUUGGUGCGUUUCGAGGUGCUGCUGGAGAGCCCACUGCAGUCCUUCCGAGCUGAGGUAAGACUCACCGACAUAAAUGAUCAUGCUCCUGUGUUCUUAAACAAAGAGAUUGUUUUAAAGAUUCCGGAGUCGACAGUGCCGGGGACUCGUUUUUUGUUGGAAAGCGCUCACGAUCCAGACGUGGGGAACAAUAGUCUUCAGCAUUAUAGUAUUAGCUCGAACGGGUAUUUCCUUGUCUACACCCGGCGGCGGAGUGACGGUAGGAAGUAUGCCGAGCUGGUGUUGGAUCGAGCUCUGGACCGGGAGCAGCAGGCAGAAGUUGCUUUCAGCAUCACGGGUGUGGAUGGUGGGAAUCCACCGCGGUCUGGCACAGCGUUAAUCCGCGUGGUAGUACUGGAUAUAAACGACAACAUCCCGGUAUUUACUCGAAGUCUGUAUAAAGUCUCCGUAACGGAAAAUAGCUCCCAGGAGACCCUUGUGGUGGUAGUGUCUGCUAGCGAUUUAGAUUCAGGCACAAAUGGAGAAAUCGUCUAUUCCAUAGUUCAAAAUUCAGAGGAAAAUUUCGAGACAUUUAAAAUAAACCCAAAGACAGGUCAGAUUCGACUAAAAAAGGCUUUGGAUUAUGAAGAAACAAAAACUUACGAGAUAGAUGUUCAGGCCUUAGAUGGAGGGGGCCUGUCCACGCAUUGCAAGGUGGAGGUGCAGGUGAAGGACGUGAACGAUAAUGCCCCCGAGGUAAUCAUUACCUCGCUCACCAGCACCCUCUCCGAAGCCGCCCCUCCGAACACCGUGGUGGCCCUCUUCAACGUGCGGGACCGGGACUCGGGGGACAAUGGCAGGACGACCUGCGAGCUGACAGGAGAGCAACCCUUCAGGAUCACGCUGCUGGCAGCCGACGCGUACGCGCUGGUGACAUCAGAGACGCUGGACCGGGAGCAGGUGGAGGAAUACAACGUGACGGUGCGAGCUCGAGACGAGGGCUCCCCCGCCCUCUCGGCAUCCAAAACCCUGCUCGUGCGGCUCUUGGAUGUGAACGACAAUGCACCCACCUUCACCCAGGCCAUUUACACCAUGGUAAUGAGCGAAAACGAGCCCGCGGGGAGGAGCCUGGGCCGCCUCAGUGCCACAGACCCUGACGCGGGAGAGAACGCCCGCGUGAGGUACUCGCUAGUGCCGCCACCGACAGGCACCCUCGCCGCCGCAUCGUUCGUGUCAGUGGACGCGGAGAGUGGAACCGUCCGGAGUUUGCGCCCACUGGACUACGAGAAGGUGCGCGCCUUCGAGGUGACAGUGCGCGCAGCCGACGGCGGCUCCCCGCCGCUCAGCGCCCAGGCCGUGCUGCACAUCGUCGUGCGCGACGAGAACGACAACGCGCCCGUGCUGCUGCACCCGGGCCCCGAGAGCAGCGCGGCCGGAGAGCUGGUGCCGCGCUGGGCACCCUCCGGCUACCUGGUGGCCAAGGUGGUGGCGGUGGACGCGGACGCGGGGCAGAACGCGUGGCUGUCCUACGAGCUGGCCAAGGCCACGGAGCCGGGGCUGUUCCGCGUGGGGCUGCACAGCGGCGAGGUGCGCACGGCGCGGGCCGUGACAGAGAGGGACGCGGCCCGGCAGAGGCUCAUCGUGCUGGUGCGGCACCGCGGGCGGCCGCCGCGCUCUGCCACCGCCACCCUCGCCGUGGCACUGGUGGACGAUUUCUCCGAUGCCUUCCACCAGUUUGGCCUCGACCCUGCAAGCGGACAGCAGCCGCAGGUAGCCGAGGAGGAAAUGCUCACCACUUACCUCAUCGCCUCCCUGUGCUGCGUCUCGUCCCUUUUCCUCUUGUCCGUCCUCGCCUUAACGGCGAACUCGCUCUGCAAAGCUCGCGGCCGGGCAGAACUUCCUCCUCCCUCUCCCAGCGGCUACGCGGACGGAGAUUUCGCCAGCGACGGCUUGGGCGUUGGCAGCACGGGCACUCUGUCGCCGGCUUACCGCUACGAAAUGUGUCUGACCAGCGGCUCGGGGAGGAGCGAAUUCCAGUUCCUGAGGCCCAUCCUGCCCAGCCCUCAUAUCAAUGCUGAGGCGGGACUGGACAAGGACGGGGAGCCCCUACGCCACUCGCAGCCUGCCUGCGACCGGGAAGCCCAGGCGGGGAGCACAGCCACUCCUCCCUUUUAGCCGAAACACUGGCCAGUAGGCGUGUGCGUCCAUGCCUGAGCCGUGCUGGGACGCACCUCCCUUCCCCGUCCUCAGCCUAAGAUAACCCCCGUAGUUGAAGCGCCGUUCCCUGCUGUUAUAGGCGUGCUCUCCCUGCUUAGGCUCCAGGCCGGUUUCUCCUGCCGCAAAAGGCGGCUCACUCCCUCCGAGUUCAGCCUCUGCCUCAUACCGCCCUGGAAAAUCGUUGAGCCUCUCUACCCGUCGCGUGUCUGGAAAGCCACGUACGUGCCUAUCGCUGGACAGCAGCAGAACCAAACCGCGAGUUCGGGCCAGCGAGGGGAGAAGACUGAAAGCUGAAGAGCUGCCGACCAUGCUACGGCGCCAGGACUCUCUCAGGGAUACUGUAUGCCUAUCCUCCCUAGCACUUCUCUCCCCGGAGGAUGUGAGCGCAUCCUGAGACUGGAGCCGCCGCUACGGGUUCGGGAUCGCGGGCCGGGCCGAGCGGCAGCGCGGGCUGCGGGCGGCGGCGGCUGCAGUCCCAGCGCGCACCGCUGGGUGGUGCCCUCGGCCAAGGCGGCGCCGAGCGGCUGCGGCAGCGGAGGCGGCCGAGCCCGGAGCGGCGCAGCCCGAGCGAGCUGAGCCCAGCGCAGCCAGACAGACAGACAGGCUCGGCGCAGCGCACACUGACAGACAGACAGGCUCGGCGCAGCGCAGACUGACAGACAGACAGGCUCGGCGCAGCGCAGACUGACAGACAGACAGGCUCAGCGCAGCGCAGAC